ACCGCUGGCCGGCUCUGUUCAAGUGCAGGAGGUCAGGAGCAGCCAGUUCCUUCUGGGAAUGCAACCCAUCUCCGAAAAGGAAGAUCACAUUCCUCUGCUGACUAAGCAUCACUAGGGCUCCAAGUGAGUUCUGAUCAGAGGCUGUUUGGAAGACAACAGGGGCCAUGACCACCCUCUCUCCUGAAAACAGCCUCUCUGCCAGACAGUCAGCCUCCUUCAUCCUGGUGAAGAGAAAACCACCCAUUGACAAGACAGAAUGGGACAGCUUCUUUGAUGAGAAUGGCCACUUGGCCAAGUCACGGGACUUCAUUUGUGUUAACAUCCUGGAAAGGGGUCUGCACCCCUUCGUGAGGACUGAAGCCUGGAAAUUCCUCACGGGCUACUUCUCAUGGCAGAGUUCCCAGGAUGAGCGGCUCACGGUGGACAGCAUGAGGAGGAAGAACUACAAGGCUUUAUGCCAGAUGUAUGAGAAGAUUCAGCCCCUUCUGGAAAACCUGCACCAGAACUUCAUAGAGACUCGCAAUAACAUCGCAUGUGACAUUCAGAAACUCUAUGACAAAGACCCCCUGGGCAAUGUCCUCAUCGACAAGAAGAGGCUAGAGAAGAUCCUGCUCCUGAGUUACGUCUGCAACACGCAGGCAGAGUACCAGCAGGGCUUCCAUGAGAUCAUGAUGCUCUUCCAGCUGAUGGUGGAGCACGACCACGAGACCUUCUGGCUUUUCCAUUUCUUCCUGCAGAAAACGGAACACAGCUGUGUCAUCAACAUUGGCGUGGCCAAGAACCUAGACAUGCUCAGCACCCUGAUCACCUUCCUGGACCCCGUGUUUGCUGAGCACCUAAAAGGGAAGGGUGCAGGGGCUGUGCAGUCCCUCUUCCCCUGGUUCUGCUUCUGUUUCCAGCGUGCCUUCAAGUCCUUCGAUGAUGUCUGGAGGUUCUGGGAGGUUCUGCUGACGGGGAAGCCCUGCAGGAACUUCCAGGUGCUGGUGGCCUACAGCAUGCUGCAGAUGGUGCGGAAGCAGGUGCUGCAGGAAAGCAUGGGCGGAGAUGACAUCCUCCUGGCCUGCAACAACCUUAUCGACCUUGAUGCCGAUGAGCUGAUCUCUGCCGCCUGCGUGGUUUAUGCUGAGCUCAUCCAGAAGGAUGUUGUGCUACUUGAGAGGACGGCCCUCAUCCCCCAUUCCCUGUGUCCAUCCCAGUGGGUCUGGGCACCCAGAGGCUCAGGAGAAUGUCGCUGCUUAGAAGAACCAAAGAAUGAAAGCGACAGACCAAUGUCUGUGCACCUCCCACCUGCCUCCUCCCUAGGUUCCUCAGACAUUAAAGGAUUUCUUCCUCUGAGGACACCAAAGCCAACAGUGGACCGAUGCCCUCGAUGGGCAGGAUGAAGGUCAGGGGCACUGGAGUGAGGGAGUAGAUAAAACAGCUGCAAUAUAAACAGUCCUCUGGAAUAAUG